CGGCCCGGCCCGGCCCGGCCCAAUUAUAUAUAUGGUGCUCUAUAAGCGAACUUUGACUAUGUCUAUUUGUUCGUUUCGUUCUGAUUAUUUUCUUUCUAUUCAAAACAAUACAAUCAUCUCCGGAAAGGUUAACCACCGCUGACAUGACCAAUGUUUUUUAGAUGGCCGGAAUAUUCAUACGUAGCUCAAUAUAUGUUUUCAUCUAACGUUUUUAGUUUUCUUUGAUUGAUAUGAUUCCUUUGGUACUCUUUAGGUUUUGGAGCAUUUAAAUAGCACGGUCCGGAUAUGUUCGGCAUAUGAAAAUGAUUUGUCGAUUUAAUCUUUCUUUUUUUUAAAUACGUGAUUUUCCACGAAUUGCUCCUCUAGGGUUUGGAGGAAACGCGAGAACUGGUAUUGCAUUGGAAGAAUCGAGAAAAGGGGCAUAUUGGAGCAUAUGAUUUUUGGAAAUCUUCUCCUUUUAGGAGCAAUUAUACGUACUUUCUUUUAUUUUUUUCUGGGGUUUUAAUUGAUAAAGUAUUUAUCCCAUUUAAGACUGUAGAGAGAGGUGCGCCAUAAGGAGGAUAAUGUGCAUACUGUGUGUGAUUCAGAAGUGGUCAAGGAGGAUUGCUACCAUGUUGCCAUGGUUAGUGAUUCCACUGAUCGGGCUUUGGGCUCUAUCGCAGCUAUUGCCCCCUGCUUUCCGUUUUGAAAUCACAUCGCCAAGGCUGGCAUGCGUGUUCGUGCUGUUGGUAACCCUUUUUUGGUAUGAGAUUUUGAUGCCUAAGUUGUCUGCCUGGCGGGUCCGGAGGAAUGCUUGGCUUGGGGAGAGGAGGAGGAUUGAGGCAAUUGAAAUUCAAAAGUUGAGGAAGACUGCUACAAGGAGGUGUAGGAAUUGUUUGACUCCAUAUCGGGAUCAGAGUCCUGGUGGGGGCAAGUUUACUUGCUCAUAUUGUGGUCAUGUUUCGAAGAGGCCGGUUCUUGACUUGCCCUCCUCUCUGGAUUUGGGGAGUUCAGGGAUUUUGAAGUAUUUAGCGGGGAAAGGUAGUACACUGUUCAACGGAACGGUUUGGUCAGAGAAUGGGAAUUGGGUUGGGAGACCUUAUAAUGAGAAGUCAAGUUAUUGGAAGAAGAAUGGAGGUGGGUAUGUUAGUGAGGUGAAUCAUUUUUCGGCAGAGAAGUCUUAUUCACACAUAUUUAUUUUUACUUGCAAGUUAUCUACAACUUUCUUGUUGACUAUCGUGUGGCUUUGGCGGAAGAUUUUUAGGGUUAGUUCGACCAGUGAUAAUACUUCAACUGAUGCAGAGCUCAUACGGCUAUUGGAUAAGCGAGGCGAGAGUGGAGGGAAUUUUCAGAAGAGUAGAGGAGAGAAAGCUCGCAGAAAAGCUGAUGAAAAGAGGCAGGCUAGAUUAGAGAAGGAGCUGCUGGAGGAGGAGGAAAGAAAGCAGAGAGAAGAAGUUGCAAGGUUGGUUGAAGAACGUAGGAAAUUGCGUGACGAGAAGACGGAGGACAGAAAAGAAUACAGAAAAGAGUUCCCUCCUGAUAAGGAUAGAAAUAGGAAAAAAGAAUCUGAAAAGAAGCAUCAGGAUAGAAAGAAAGAAAGAGAUAGGGGAUCAAGCAAAAGCAAUUCUGAUGCCGAGGAAUCGGAAAAGAGAAUUGGCAAGGAAAGCACGCGAGACAAAAAAAUAGAUGGUGACAGAUGCCAACAAUACAGUAAUGCAUCCGAAAAUGUGAAAUUUCAUAGUCCAGAAGUGGGUCAUGGAUUUAAGGGUGCUACUAUGAACUGUCAUAACCGAGGAACUGCUGGAACAAGAUACCUGGAUCAUAUGAAGGGCACCUUUAUAUCUUCUUCUAGAGCAUUUACUGGAGGUGGUUUUUUGGGAAAAAGUGCUAAUAUUUCUACUGUUUCAAGCGAGCACAGACUUAAUGCAUCUGUAGAUAAUGUUCAAGGUUCCGCAUAUAGGAAAGAUGUAUUGCAGCAGGAAUGGGUAUCUGGGAGAUCAAAUGUAAAUGGAGAUGAUAAGAAUGUCUAUCGUCCUGUGUUCACUGAACCUCAACCACGUCCAGCCCCCAAAAAAUCAUGGGAACAAUUAUUCACUCGUUCAGCUGCUGUUUCUGCACCCUCUAUUCCAGAUGUCAUUGGUAUGCCAAACGUGAAGUCCCAAACAGAAGUUCAGUGUCCACCACAACUAUUUGAUGGACCUAUUAACUUUGGACAGCUGCCGCCAUCUACUUUACCCUCUCUUCCUUUUGGAUUAACAAGCAGCAGAUGCCAUCCACCGUCAUCCGAAGCUGUAUUACCUAGGAUUGGAGAAGCACCAGAUCAACUUUUACCAGUGGAGUCAGAGAUUUUUGAAGACCCUUGUUAUGCUCUGGACCCUGUAUCCUUGCUUGGGCCUGUUUCUGAAUCACUUGAUAACUUUGCUUUGGACCUCGGCUUUAUUAAAGAUACAGUAUUGGAAGCAUCGUGUGCUGUGAAGACAAAACCUGCACUAUCUGAAGUCACCAAGCCAUGGCCAAUUCAGUCCUCAUUAUCCCGAUCACGAGUUUCAGAGGAAAGGCAGGGUAGUUCCUUUUUUUCCCCUAGUACUCCUAAAGCUCAGCAUAAUUCCAACGAUGCAAAUGACAGUGGAACAUGGCAGAUGUGGAAUAGCUCGCCUCUUGGUCAGGCUGGUCUAGGUUUGGUUGGUGGAUCCAUCGGCUGGCUUUUGCCUCCAGAACUGAGCAGACCAAGGGAAGAUAUCAUGCAUCCGGUACCUCAGAAAACAAUGGCCUCACUGUUUAAGAAUGAUGAGAAUAUCAAUGCUGGCACUCAUUCUUCUCAAAAUAUUUUUCUUGGCAAUUUUCAGAAUGCUAGGACCAUUAAUAGUUCUGUGCCUAGCGUUGUUGACGGCCCAUGGUUGCCAGAAACUUUGCAUGGCCGAACUUCAAGUAGUGAGAAUCAUAUUUUGUUGAAUCCUAGGGAGACAUCUGAUUGUAAUGGUAUAAUUUAUGGGAGUUCCAGUGAUUGUGCUGCUACACAACAAUUUGACUUGUCUGCAGCCAACUCUUGGGCCAAAAAGGACUGGACAGGAGAAGGGUCAAGAGACGGCGCUGGAAACUCUUCAACAUCGAGGCCUCAUAUUGGUGGCCUUUACUCCACAUCAGAUGCACUUCAUCUUUGGUCUUAUGAUUAAAAAUGGAGGAAUGAUAUAGGGGAGGUGGCCUCGUGUAGAGGAGAAUAAACUGGAUAUGUUAUACUUUGCUUCUUUUCUAUACAAGAGAGUUUUACAGUUGAACACUGUUGGAAUGCCUGCGCUCAACUAUAAUAUUUCGUUCAAUUAUGGCCAGUUUUACACG